AUGGGCUUAACUAACAGUAAAAUCCGUCUAAUAUGUAAAUGCGGCAUAGUUAUAAUCAUGGGAUUGAUUUGGUUAUUUCUGACAUACAGUUCCCCAACUCCCAAAGCACCAACUUACUCACCAAAGCCUUUAUCUUAUAUUGGUGCGCCCGGUUGUGAGCUAGUCACUUUGCCUAUUAUAGAACCAAGACUUGAACCGACUAACAAGGAGCAUCUUGAUCAACUCUACAAGAAAGAGAAUAUAAUCCCUAUACGAUGUAGCAACACUGUCUCGGACGAUUCAUCCGUCUCAAAUAUAUCUCUUACGACCAAGGAGAAGAAAUCCCAAAUAGAGAACACCCGUAAGAUAAACUACUACGUUCAACCUCUAAUCAUUCAUAAUACUCUCAAACUGGCCGGCGAGACCAAACUUGCCCUCAUUAAAGAGAUUGAGGAGGGUCUUAGCCAAGUUACUUUACAGGACCCAUUCCACUUUAAACUAACCCCUCAGAGCAUCUCUGAUUUCUCAGAUUGCAUCGAGUUAUACAUCUUCUUUGCUGCGCCCAAUUCCAUUCGUUGGAUGUUCUAUCAUAACACUAUCAACGAACUAUCACGGUUCACUACCGAGAUUAGCACAGCUAACCAGGACUUAAAAUGCCAUGGCUCACCCCAAACACAUGCCGUUCAACUUUCCGUUGCCCUCAAACGCUGCUCCUCCGCCCAUGCCAAACGACUCCAACUCGCUCCCUUUACUAAACAAAGAGCGAUCAUUACCAAACAACUUAUCUCCUACAAAAGCAAUCUACCCAACCUCUCAACCCAACCAGCUGCCUACCUUACUGAACUACUUAUUUGUUGUCUCGACUUAAUCACCCAUUACACCCAUGUUAAUACCGCCACCAAAUCCCGCAUUAAGCGUCUUUUCAGCCAAAUCCACAACCACAUCCAAAACCUAUCCAUCAACCCCACCAAGCAAACUCUUGCUAACUACCUCGCCCCUUUCCAAUACUACAACAAUCAACUAAUUCGAGAAAUCAAUCGUUGUCUCGUCUACAUAGCCGAUCUUGAAGCGUAUGUCUUAUCCAUUACUAGCCAGCGCACUCUUUCCCAUACUAUCCUACAACGCCCCAUUACACCCGCUCAGCAUAGUAAAAUCUAUACUAUCCAGCCCAAUACUGACCCAACCAAAAUGAUCGAAACCAUACUCAAUGCCCUCAACCAUUACAACGCCAGCAUCACCACCUAUCUCCUCCUCGCCGGCAACCACCCCCAACGAUUCAACUCCACCCAAUUCAUCCGCUAA